AUGUAUCGGAAGUUGUCUAAGUUAGAACACUCGGAAAUAAAACAACUUCUUACAGAAGCUAAUAUAGAUGUUGCAAAGCAUUACGCAACAAACAAAAAAGCACUCGCUGACAUCCUCAAUGACUAUAAUGGUGCAAUAAGUUAUGAUAGAAUUCAUGAGUUCAUAAAGCCGCAACACGGCGAGAACGAAGUCCAUGCAAGAGCAUUUCCGUUAAAUGACGUUGCUAUUGACUUAUAUCAUAGACGUUCAGUACCUCAUGAAGUAAGAAGAGAAAUGUUUGACAUAACAAAUGCAAACGUUGGUGAAACAAGAAGAAGAGACGACACACUGAAACAACAGAGAAGAGAGAUGUUUAAGAGCGCUGUAGAACAAGUUCGCAAAGCUAACGAUGUCAUUCGUUCCAUUGACGACAAACCAAAAGAAGGUGAGAGAUGGUUAAAGAAAGAUGAAGAGAAUAGGAAGAGAAAUGUGAAGUCAGGCAAUAGACUCAUUGACUUUAACAUCGAAGCUUUAGAUGAACCAAACAGAGAAUAUUUACACAAACAUUUCGGUAAGGUUUUCAUGAGACUCUUAGAGAAGAUUAAAAUAAACUCCCAACAAAGAUGGAUGGUAUGUUAUAAACUUGGUGGAAAGUAUGAAUGUUCUACGUUAAACCUCAAUAAUAUUGGAACAUUACUACAUCAGCUCUUGAAGGAGAACUUUAUAUCAGAGAUAGAAGCAAAUGCCGCAGGUAUUGUUGAAAUGCACUAUGACUUCUUCUUGACAAACAUAAAGAAUCUUACUGAAAUAAAGAUGUAUGAUUUAACAGAAUAUGAAGGCUUAACGAUGUCAGAUGUAAAGAAAGGCAAACCAAAAAAGAGACCAUAUAGAGAUGAAAGCACA